GCCGGGGAGGGGACGCGCCACCGGUGAUUGGCGGAGGCGGCCGCCAGCCCCCACUCGCAUCCCCUCCCCCGCUCGUCGCCUCGGACUCCCGCGCCCGGCGCGUGCAGCCGCCGCCGCCCCGAGCACCCGCAGCUCCGGCGCCACGGCGAGACCCGGGAGAGGCGCACCGACCCUCGGAUCCUCGCAGCCGCCGCAGCCCAGAGGAGAACAUGCUUGCCAAUUCAGCCAGCGUGCGGAUUCUCAUCAAGGGGGGCAAGGUGGUGAACGACGACUGCACCCAUGAGGCCGAUGUCUACAUUGAAAAUGGCAUCAUCCAGCAGGUGGGCCGCGAGCUCAUGAUCCCCGGAGGGGCCAAGGUGAUCGACGCCACCGGGAAACUGGUGAUUCCCGGAGGCAUCGACACCAGCACACACUUCCACCAGACCUUCAUGAACGCCACGUGCGUGGACGACUUCUACCAUGGGACCAAGGCCGCGCUGGUUGGAGGCACCACCAUGAUUGUCGGCCACGUCCUGCCCGACAAGGAGACCUCCCUCGUGGACGCCUACGAGAAGUGCCGGGGGCUGGCCGACCCCAAGGUCUGCUGUGACUACGCCCUCCACGUGGGCGUCACCUGGUGGGCCCCCAAGGUGAAAGCAGAAAUGGAGAUGCUGGUGAGGGAGAAGGGUGUCAACUCGUUCCAGAUGUUCAUGACCUACAAGGACUUGUAUAUGCUUCGAGACAGUGAGCUGUACCAAGUCUUCCAUAUGUGCAAGGACAUCGGGGCGAUCGCCCGAGUCCACGCCGAAAAUGGGGAGCUCGUGGCUGAGGGUGCUAAGGAAGCACUGGAUUUGGGUAUCACUGGCCCCGAAGGAAUCGAGAUCAGCCGCCCCGAGGAGCUGGAAGCCGAAGCCACGCACCGUGUUAUCACCAUCGCAAACAGGACUCACUGUCCGAUCUAUCUGGUCAACGUAUCCAGUAUCUCAGCCGGCGACGUUAUCGCAGCUGCUAAGAUGCAAGGGAAGGUUGUGCUGGCCGAGACCACCACAGCGCACGCCACGCUGACAGGCUUACACUACUACCACCAGGACUGGUCCCACGCAGCCGCCUACGUCACGGUGCCGCCCCUGAGACUGGACACCAACACCUCCACCUACCUCAUGAGCCUGCUGGCCAAUGACACUCUGAACAUUGUGGCGUCAGAUCAUCGGCCGUUCACCACAAAGCAGAAGGCUAUGGGCAAGGAGGAUUUCACCAAGAUCCCACACGGCGUGAGUGGCGUGCAGGACCGCAUGAGCGUCAUCUGGGAGAGAGGGGUGGUUGGAGGCAAGAUGGAUGAGAACCGUUUUGUGGCAGUUACCAGUUCCAACGCUGCUAAGAUUCUCAACCUGUAUCCCCGCAAGGGCCGUAUCAUCCCUGGAGCCGAUGCCGACGUGGUGGUGUGGGACCCCGAAGCCACAAAGACCAUCUCGGCCAGCACCCAGGUGCAGGGAGGAGAUUUCAACCUGUACGAGAACAUGCGCUGCCACGGCGUGCCGCUGGUCACCGUCAGCCGGGGGCGCGUCGUCUACGAGAACGGCGUCUUCAUGUGUGCCGAGGGCACUGGCAAGUUCUGUCCCCUGAGGUCCUUUCCAGAUACUGUCUACAAGAAGCUGGUCCAGAGAGAGAAGACCUUAAAGGUGAGGGCAGUGGACCGCACUCCCUACCUGGGGGAUGUGGCCGUGGUCGUGCAUCCUGGGAAAAAGGAGAUGGGGACGCCACUCGCAGACACCCCUACCCGGCCCGUCACCCGACAUGGGGGCAUGAGGGACCUCCACGAGUCCAGCUUCAGCCUCUCCGGUUCCCAGAUCGAUGACCACGUUCCAAAGCGAGCCUCCGCUCGGAUCCUUGCACCCCCCGGAGGCAGGUCCAGCGGCAUUUGGUAAAGGCACUGACCAGCCCCCCAGGCGAGGAUGCACAGCCUCCACCAGCCCCACACCCUCCGGCCACAGCAGUGGGGUGCAGGAGGGGCUGGGCUGGGCAGCACACCACCUGGGGGGCCCGCAGGACCCAGGGAGCCCCUCCCGUGUCUGAAACGUGGUACACUGUUCUUGGAGCCAGCCCGAACAGGCACUUUGAGAUGUGUUCCUCCCCCUAGAGUCCUUCCCUGCCUUGGCCUCGGCAGACUUCUCUGGGGGCCGGACACCCCAUCACCCCACACUAUGCACAGAGCCCCACGCAUGGAGCCUGGCCCCGCCCCUCCUCUCGCGCCCGCCUCCGUGCACUGGCUUUAGGGCCCUGCCCCUGGCUGGCCGCCAGCUGCCCGGAGCACUUUAGCAGACAAGGAAGGUCUCCCGUCCCCGUCCCUGUCCCCUGAGGCCCUGGGGCUGCAUUUCCUAGAGCCAGGCAGGAUGUCGGCUUCCCAGCCUGCCUCCCCACGGGCCCCUGGGUGGCUGUGGUUGGGACGCCCUGCGCCCUCCGCCAGCUUCUCCCUGUCCCCAGUCCUCCCCGCUGGGAGCCUCAGACCCAGAAGCGUGAGCUGGGCAGGGUGCGAGGCUGGUGCCAGGCGCGUGUAAAUGAUUUUGUUUUGCACGUUUGGUUUGCGCAGUGGUUUGGUUUGACUUGUUUGUGCAUCCUGUGAGGAAAAAAAACGGUGCUUUGUGUCCCUAGCAUAGCAUAGAAACAGGAGUACACGUGGUCCUUAGGAGAUGCUGCACUCGACACCAACCAGACAGCCCCGGGGUGGGGGUGCUGACUCAAGGACCCCACCUCCCCUCCGUAUCCCUCGGUCUACUUUCCCCCUGCUGGGCCCUGGAGACCUCUGGGGAGCAAGGCAGGCUUUCCUGUCUGUCGCUGCUCAUCACAACCCUAACCCCCAUGCACGCCCAGCUUCUGGUUACUUUCCCCUACUGGACACGGGCCCAGCUGCUCCUCCUUGGGUGAUUGGCAAGAGGCCUCAUGCCUGCUAAGAGAGGGGGAGCGGGAGGGGGCUGGCUAAUACCAGGAAGAAGAACCAGGCCAUGGGACCUGGCUGGGUCCCACAGUGUCCUAGGGUCAGUUCCACACCCUCGCCCAGCCAUGGCCUCCACCUCCUCCCGCGUCUGGGUGGGCCCUCCCUGUCCCCAUGGCUCCACAGAGGUUCCCCAGGAGCACUGGGGUUGGGUGAUCUCCAUCCUCCUGAGCGAUCUGGGAAGGGACUCCACCGCAGCCUCGUCCUCCCUCGCGGAAGGGCUUCCGUGCUACACAUUUGGUUGAGCACCCCAGGCUUGGUGCAGCUCUGGACUGACUCUUGGGUUACUGGUCCUCCCUGCACGUUCCUACAGCGGUUUUCACGGUUUUAAGCGCUUCUGAACAGGAGCUCACAUUUGCUCCUCAUGACCAACAGGGAGCUGGCACUCCUCCCAUUCUAUGGAGGAGGAAAACAAGGUCCACAAAGCUGGGACCUUCUGCCCCCCCGAAGUGUCCAGGACUCUCCUUGCAGCCCUGGCUAUCUACCCCAGCUGUGGAGAAGAGGCGUGGGGCAGCGCCUACUGUCAGUCCCACAAGAGGGUUUAACCAGCUAGAAAACUUGGUCCCUUGGUAGGCCUUCUGCCCUGUUUUGCACAGGUAGAUGCUUUUUUCUCAUCUUCGUUGUCAACCAACUAAUGCAUAUCCUCUGUUUGAACUAGGGCUAGUUAAAUGUUGAGGGCUUGCCAUGUGGUUUGAAAUGCGUCCACGUGCUCACUUCCACCCUUAUGCCCCUUUUCCCCACUUAGAGACUGAGAGGACAGAGGUGGUCAUCCAAGGAGCAGCGAUAGCAGAGAGACUAAUGGAGGGUGGUAGCCUUGGGGACAAUGGGUGGGGAUCCAAGCUGGGGAAAGCCACUGUGUAUAAGGAAAUUGACCCUUCAUCCAUAUGAUAUAAUAUCCCAUUUUGUUACACCCUUUGUAUAACAAUGCACAUCAUCUCUAUCCCUUUCCGCCCUCAUUGGGUCAUGGGCCUUGGGCAGAUGCCAAAGAGCAGAGCAGUGGUGGUGACCAGCUGGGCAGAGCAUCCCUGCUUGGGCUAGGAAAGCUUUACCUUCUCUGAGUGCCUCCGCCUAAGAGAUGCAUGGUCCAUGGCACUGGGAGACCACAUCUUGGAGUGGUCCACCUCAGGCCUUCCACUUCACCCACCCCAAUCCCUACCUAGACCCACCCUUGCCCGGGAGCUUCCAGAUGGGAAAUCAGAAGGAGGUUCAAGGAACCAAAUGAAUAGCCAGCCUUCCACCACCCACUCCUUGCCCCUUUGCAGAGCUCCAGCCAGCCCCAUCACCAGUCCCACUGACUCCUGGUUGGAAUGAAAAGGGUCUCUGGUUGCAUUGAAUGCAGCUCUCAAACUGGUCUUGUACUUGCUGAAUAAAUACUGUUGUUCUUGCCUUAGCUGCUCUCUAGGUUUGUGGGGUUAAGUUACCAGAAAUAUUGUACUGCUGUGUGUGCGUGUGUGCGUGUGUGUAGUGCUAGGAGUCCACAGUAGGUCUCUGUCAAGCCAAUGCCAUGAUGAGGGCUUUUCCGACACGGACCCAGAAACCAUAGAACCACGCGGAAACCCAACUCCCCACCAACUGCCGAGGCGGCAGGCACAGCCCGGGGUCAGGAGGGAGCCUCUGGCACUCCAAGCACCCAAGUGACUUCUUCACUCCUCUGUAAAUGUCAUGGUGCUAAAAUCGUGUCAACCCCAAGACGACACAUGGUCCUGUGCUUUAGCCACCCGUUCGAGGCAAAAACAAAACACCCCGACACAUUGUGUUCUGGUGCAGGUUUGUAUUAAACUGUAGCUACUUCUCA